AUAUUGUAAAGUAGUAACCACGAUUUUGAGAGUGCGUUUUGUAAACCCAUACGUUACUUCUACUGUAAUGUUGUUCACCUCGAGAUGUUCGCAGCAGUAGUAGCUGGACGAUUAGUACAAACAAACUUCAACAGGGUAACAGAGACCCAGUUCUUAUUGGAUUUAUUACCGCUAAACGAUGUAAAUCAUAUUGUCGUUUUCUUGACGGGAGAAAUUCCAUUUCCACCGAACAUGGGUGGAGGUGUUUAUCUUGGAGUACAGCAGAAUGGGGCGACUAACUGGUAUUUCCUAGGUGUAUUGACGAACGAACGACCUAGCGCCAUUUACAAGAUCGGAAAACUUACUCAAAAUAAACAAAAUCAAAAUGGUGUUAAUCCUUUCGGUGAUAAUGCAGCUUUCCAGUCAUCGAAUGGAAUGGUACCUGCACAAAUAGGCAUCUCAGUUGACCUGUUGACAAAUUUACCUCAACAAACAGAAGAUACUGCUGCAGAAUCGAUAUCCACAGAUCGAAUGACUCAAUUUACACGUUUUGCCGCUGAAAGUUUAUUUAAUUAUGUGGCAAGUUUUGCACAUGAUAGUGGAACAUCUUCUGACCCCCUUGUACCAAUGUCAGUCAUUAAACGAUGGUUUGAUACAAUGCUACAAAAGUUAUCUCUGGAUGCUUCAUUUUGGAGAAAGUAGAGAAUACAUUGUAUGCAUAUGUAUAGUUGCCACCGACACAUUGUAUACAUUACUGAUUUUUCUUCCUCUUUCUUUUUCUACGCUUCCCUUGUGAAUUAUAAUUAACCUAGAAUAUAAAAAAGUGUUAAAGAAAGCAUAUCGAUGUGUUCUUUUGUUUUAUUUUGAACCAAAUACAUUGUACAGUAAGGUAGGUUAAUGGUUUAUAUUUUUGAUGGUUAGCGUUGAGCUGAUUAACACACCUACUUGUAGCGAUCUUAAAAAAGUGGGAUGUACAUAAAAGUGCCAGUGAAUGUCAUAAUAUUACUGACCCUGAUGGUGUACCUGGCUAUGUUCUAAAACAAUGUGCAGAUGCUUUAUGUUCUCCACUUACUAACAUCUUAAAUGCUUCUUUUUCCAAAAACGUUGUACCUGUUCCAUAGAAAGACAUUAAAAUUAAUCCCUGUCCCUAAACCUGGUAAUAGCAAGAACGUAAAGUUCAGACCCCCCCCAUUGCCAUUACUUCCCCGUUUCUAAAGCUGAUGGAAAAACUAGUACUUCUCAAACUUGACCCCUCCCUUGAAAGUUUUGAAGACCCUAAACAAUUUGCAUUUAGACAGGGUAGGAGCACUUUAGACGCUACAGCCGUC